UUCCUUUAAGAAAAUACAAGGCUGCUCUCGAAUCAGGCCGACGUCACGAACUCCCUCGCGGCCUAUUGGUGGAAGGCACGUGUCUAUGGAUACUGGAGUGAAACGUCACGCGAGUGGGAGGAGCCUCGUAGCGGGGGGAAAAAAAAGGGAAAAGAGAGAGAGAGAGAAAAAAAAAGAAAAGCCCCCAAAAUAAAUAAAUAAAUGGGGAGUGAAAGUAUUUGAGGAGCAGUUUGGAUCCCCCUCCUCUUCCUCCUCGGUGUGGUGGGGCACUGAAGCGCUGCCUCUUUUUCGCCUUAUGCAUGAACACUAAUUUUAACCGAUUCUGCAACAAUUCUAAACGGAUUUGUACCAAAAUUAAAUAUAGAUAUCUUUUUACUUUAUUUUUUUUUGCGUUCGCCUAAUAUAUAAAAGUUGUUUUUUAUUUUUGGAGGAUAAGCUAUGCUGCCUUGUGGCCGGGACCUGCGCGGGCUGCGAUUCGUUUUUAAAAUCUGCUGACUGAACUGCAAAAUUCUGCAAAUUUUCUUCAAAAUUUUGGGUGGAAAGUAAAGCAAAAGUGGCCGGAGGCGCCGGAGCUGAGGGAGUGAGCGGUCAAGGGUUAAAGGAGGGCAGCAGGGUGGAGAGUGUCUCAGCAUGGAGGAGGGUGAGCAGAGUGCGCCUAGAGAUGAACCCAACCGGCCCACCGAUCGGUCCACCGACCGGUCCACCAUCCGCCCGGUCCAGGGUAACCCUCCGCCGCUCCCUCACCGCAUCACCAACUUCUUCAUAGACAACAUCCUCCACCCGGACUUCGGCAGGAAGAAGGAGGCGAGCGCUCUCCGGGCGGACAGCUGCCCGACCGGGGCGGGCGACGCCGCUGGAAGCCCCGCGACACCCGGUUCGGGUCGGUUGAGCGUCAGCGGGCCCACGGAGAGCACUUCCACCCCCCUCCCUGAGAGCGCGGCUAAGAAGUCCGAGAUAGAGGAGCCGUUCACCGCCAAGGGGAGCAACAGCAAGGACCAGUGCCUCAGCAGCUCCGAGUCCGACACCUCUCAGCCCGGUACGAACACGUCCCAGAACCGACCCAUGCUCUGGCCGGCGUGGGUCUACUGCACGCGCUACUCGGACCGACCAUCAUCAGGUCCCCGAACCCGCAAACCAAAGAAGAAGAACACCACCACCACCACCACCACCACCAAGGAGGACAAGCGACCCCGCACGGCCUUCACAGCCGAGCAGCUCCAGAGACUGAAAUCCGAGUUCCAGACCAACCGCUACCUGACCGAGCAGAGGCGGCAAAGCCUGGCUCAGGAGCUCGGCCUCAACGAGUCCCAGAUCAAGAUCUGGUUCCAGAACAAGAGGGCCAAGAUUAAGAAAGCUUCAGGGACCAAGAACACGCUGGCCUUGCAUCUGAUGGCCCAGGGACUCUACAACCACGCCACCACCACCAAGGAAGACAAGUCUGAUAGCGAUUGAAAUGAUAGUAAUGGUGAAAAUGGUGAUGAUAAUGAUGGUGGUGGGGAUGGAUGAUCAUGAUGGUUGGUAGUGGUCCUCAAAAAUGUUCAAUGCAAUAAAAACACUAAGGGCCAGUGGACGAAAUACCAGCAAAGCUGAAAAAUUUCAUAAAAAAACAAAACAACCAAACAAAAAUAAAAAAAUAAAAAUAAAAAAA